AUGCUGCGAUACCUUCGGGUGUUGUGUCUCCGCGAUUGGCUACUCGACCACACUGUUGCGUGGAGACAGUAUGCUCGAGUUCGACGCAGCUUGCCGCUUACGGUUACUUUCACACCUCUCCAAAUUGGUCUUCCAUGCGCGUCAUUUGCAACCCGUGGAGACCGAGUGUGGAGCUCGACUAUCCGCAAGCGCACGUUUUCAACGGAGAACGAGAGCUCGCCGAGCACGACUGACGUUGCUCCGGGGCCUGCAGUUGGAGACCGAGCACAACGCAGCACGACGCCCUCGCUCUAUCCUGGAGGUGGAGACAAGCUCUCAGGGAGCGUCUCCAAUUCUGCAGGCGUCGUGAAAGCCACUGAGGAAACCCUGCGGCAGAUGAACCUGUUUACUGCGAUUAACUCGGCGCUGUCGUGUGCACUUGAGAGUAACCCCAAAGUUCUCGUAUUUGGAGAAGAUGUUGCUUUUGGUGGUGUAUUUCGUUGUACAAGUCAGCUUCAGAAGCGAUUCGGCAGACAGAGAGUCUUCAAUACGCCUCUGACAGAGCAGGGCAUCGUAGGUUUUGCGGCCGGACUGGCAGCGAUGGGUUAUCGCCCGGUAGCGGAGAUCCAGUUCGCAGACUAUAUAUAUCCCGCUUUCGAUCAGAUAGUGAAUGAGAUCGCGAAAUAUCGCUACCGAUCUGGAGGACAGUUUAAUUGUGGUGGAGUGGUUAUCAGAGCGCCUUACGGCGCGGUCGGCCAUGGAGGGCACUACCAUUCGCAAUCUCCUGAGGCUUAUUUUUUGCACACGGCCGGUAUCAAGGUCGUUAUACCCCGCGAUCCGUUCACCGCAAAAGGCCUUUUGUUGCAGUCGAUCGCUGAGGAUGAUCCGGUCAUCUUCUUCGAGCCCAAGGCACUUUAUCGAGCAGCCCAGGCAGAGGUACCUCUCAGCAAGUAUGUGUUGCCACUUGGCCGGGCUGAGAUCGUUCGCCCCGGGACGGACAUCACCUUGGUGGCAUACGGAGCGCAAGUCCGCGUGCUUCUCGAAGCAGCCCAAGUCGUCGCCAGAGAAGACAAGAUCGAGGCAGAGGUCAUAGAUAUUCAAACGAUUCUGCCGUGGGAUGAAGCGACAGUGUGCGAAUCCGUUGCGCGCACCGGGCGAUGCAUCGUCAGCCAUGAGGCGCCGCUUACUGGUGGAGUCGGUGCCGAAGUUGCCGCUCGAAUCCAGGAGGAAUGUUUCCUCGACCUGGAGAGUCCGGUCAUGCGCGUAUGUGGCUAUGAUAUGCCUUUCCCUCUUGUCCACGAGAAGAACUAUUUGCCAUCCGCAGAAAAAGUUGUGCAGUGCAUUCGAGAUUGCCUGAAUUACUGA